CAGCGCGGGCCGCCUACACCCCCAGCUGCCGCCUCCCGCCGGUGAAAGGAGGUGCCGCGCCUGCGCGGGAGCGCUGCCGAAGCCCCGCCGCUGUGCGGGCAGGCGGGAGCGGGGCCAGGGUGCAGGGAAUGUAAGCAUUUCAGUCAUACAUGAGAGAGGAGGCCGGCAUGUCAGCUCUUUGCCCACCACCAUCCCCUGCAGUUGCUAAAACAGAGAUUUCUUUGAGUGGCGAGUCACCCUUAUUAGCUGCCACUUUUGCUUACUGGGACAAUAUUCUUGGCCCCCGAGUACGGCAUAUCUGGGCCCCAAAGACAGAACAGGUACUUCUCAGUGAUGGGGAAAUUACUUUCCUUGCUAACCACACCCUGAAUGGAGAAAUACUUCGGAAUGCCGAAAGCGGUGCAAUAGAUGUGAAGUUCUUCGUCUUGGCAGAAAAAAGGGUAAUCAUUGUGUCAUUGAUCUUUGAUGGGAACUGGAAUGGAGACAGGAGCACAUAUGGACUAUCAAUUAUACUUCCACAAAGUGAACUUGGCUUCUACCUGCCACUCCACAGAGUGUGUGUGGAUAGGCUGACACAUAUUAUAAGGAAAGGAAGAAUAUGGAUGCAUAAGGAGAGGCAAGAACAUUUCCAGAAGAUUGUCUUAGAAGGCACGGAGAGAAUGGAGGAUCAGGGCCAGAGCAUCAUUCCAAUGCUGACAGGAGAAGUCAUUCCAGUAAUGGAGCUUCUUUCAUCUAUGAAGUCACAUAGUGUUCCAGAAGAAAUAGAUAUAAGUGACACAGUGCUCAAUGAUGAUGACAUCGGGGAUAGUUGCCAUGAAGGCUUUCUCCUCAAUGCAAUUAGUUCACAUCUGCAGACCUGCGGUUGUUCUGUAGUUGUAGGGAGCAGCGCAGAAAAAGUUAAUAAGAUUGUGAGAACCUUGUGUCUGUUCCUUACACCAUCAGAGCGGAAGUGUUCCAGGCUCUGUAGAAAUGAGUCUUCUUUCAAAUACGAGUCAGGACUUUUUGUUCAAGGCCUUCUCAAAGAUGCAACAGGAAGCUUUGUGUUGCCCUUCCGUCAAGUAAUGUAUGCCCCAUAUCCUACUACACAUAUAGAUGUAGAUGUCAAUACAGUGAAGCAGAUGCCCCCGUGUCAUGAGCACAUCUAUAACCAGCGACGCUACAUGAGAUCGGAGCUGACAGCCUUCUGGAGAGCUAAUUCAGAUGAAGAAAUGUCUCAAGAUCAUAUUAUCCACACAGAUGAGAGCUUCACACCUGAUCUAAAUGUCUUUCAAGAUAUCCUGCAUCGGGAUACAUUAGUAAAAGCCUUCUUGGAUCAGAUCUUUCAUCUGAAGCCUGGCUUGUCUCUAAGGAGUACUUUCCUUGCACAGUUUCUGCUAGUCCUUCACAGAAAAGCCUUAACUUUAAUAAAGUACAUAGAGGAUGACACGCAAAAAGGAAAAAAGCCUUUUAAAUCCCUUCGUAGCUUAAAGAUAGAUCUAGACUUAACAGCAGAGGGCGAUCUUAACAUAAUAAUGGCUUUGGCUGAGAAGAUCAAACCAGGUCUGCAUUCUUUCAUCUUUGGGAGGCCGUUCUACACCAGCGUACAGGAACGCGACAUGCUCAUGACCUUCUGAAGUUCCCCACCGCUAACGUGUAAUCUUACAGCCUUGCACGGCACGAAAAGAAAUCUAUCAGCGUGGCCACCACGCUUGUGACAAUCAUUGACUCGACUGACGAUGCAGCAUUAGGAGCACAGGAACACUAUAGUCUCUCCAAAGCAGGAGGGGCUCUCAUUAGAGGGAAUAUCGACUUAGUUAGAGAAACGUGCAUUUAAUGAAGCAUCUCUUUUUUGUGUGGGUUGU